CGGUAACCAUCCUGCGAGACCUGAAUCGCAUGGUGUCCGUGCGCCAUGGAGCCAUUGUCCAACGCGGAGGACUUCGCUCGCUGUGCCGCGCUGUGUUCGUCUGUCAGCCCACUGCGGAAAGCUGCUGAGGCAGCCCUCCUACAGCUGCGGCGCUCACCCCAUGCGGCGGAGGUCUGCGGCAGCGUCUUGCUGCGAGAGGAUCCAACAGCGGCCUUUCAUGCAGCAGUGACGUUGAAGUACUCCACGCUUUUCCAUUGGCCGCGGCUGCCGGAGGCUUCACGGGAAGCUGCCAUGGAUCAGAUGCUCACUGCCGCGCGGACGAGGGCCGGCGCGAUGCCCAGUGAGUGGCGGCCAGUGCAGCAGCAAGCCAUGCUUGCGGUGGCGCUUUACUGGAAGAAGGCCUUCUUAGAGGGCCACAUUUGGCGAAUGUCCAUUUCACAGUGGCCUUUGCCUUUGGCUGCGGUCAUUUGCCAGGAGCUACAGGAUGAGCGCAACUUGGGUCUUUUGGGCUGUGAGUCCCAGCACUGCGCGCGUGGCGCACUGCAGCGUGCGGCCUGCGAGUUGCCACGCUUGCUGACGCGUGCGGUGCAGGAGGGCGACCAUGCAGCCUUAGCAGCCUGUGCUGCCUGGAGCUUCCAGGGGCCAGCCCCGCAGGGAUGGGAAGACUCCUGUGCCCAGGUGGCUAUGCAGUUGGCGCAACGGGAGCAGUGGGAUUUGGCCUUGGACUUCGCCCAAUGUGCGAAGCACCAGGCGAUGUGGGCCCUGGUCUUGAGCGCAGCUGGCAGGCCUCGCCUCCGCUUCGCAGCCGCCUCCUGUGCUGCGACCUUGGCCACAGCGCCCUCAGAGGAAGAGGCCCUUCAGCUGGCGCGGGUGGCCGUGCAGAUCAUGCAGGAGGAUCUGAGCUGUGAGGAAGGGCUCGAACAGCUGGAUGCUUUGGUGAAGUUUUUGGAGGUCCUUAGAACUUCUUCGAGGUCCUUGGAGGUCACUGAGCUCCUCGUACACGCCUUCCUAUGCCACAUCCUUUGUCGGGCGAACCUGCCGGACGCCUAUGACGAGACGCUGCUGGGCGGGGCGAGCUCAGAGGCAUGUUGCAGUGACGUGCUGCGGCUCAUGGCGCAGAUCGCGGGUGCCCAGAUGGUGGAACCCCUGCAGCGUUGCUUGUCCCAGCGUGGAGGCGACACGCUGGACAUGCGCCACCUGGCGCUCAGCUUCGCCGUGGAGCUGGUGGCGUGCCACGGGGCGAGCGGACCUGCCUUGGCGCCGGUGGUGUAUGCUGGCCUACAGGGGUGUCCAUCGCCCUUGCUGGUGGCUGACACUUCUGAAUGGGCAGACAGCUUCCGCUUCUUCCAUCGUUUGUUGCCUCACCUGGAUGCCUGUGAUGUGGCACCACUCUUCCAGAUGACCCUGCUGGGGCUCCAAAGGUGGGCGACGGACCCCGAGGUGGCCCGGGUCGGCCUUGAUCUCUUGACCGAUUUGAGCAGAUUGCCCAGCUCUUUUCCCCUCUUCCACUCCCAGUUCCAAGCAGUGUGGACAGAUCCUCACUUGCCCCUCACCGUCAUCACGGGUUUUUGUCGCGGCUUACGGCUCUCCUCCACGUACCACCCCUCUGGUGCAGCGGAGCUGGCUGCCUUGGCACAGCCAUUGCGAAAAGCGGUGCUGAGACAAGUCGAGGAGUGGGACCCCCAGGUGCUGAGCGGUCCUCAGCUGCCGUUGACCGCCCGGCGCUUCGCCGCCCUGGCCGCCCUGGCGACGGUCCACCCGGUUGAGGACCAGCGACUCUUGGAAGCCUUGGAGACGAAGCUUUCAGAUGAGUUCCCAGAGCAUUUGCUCCCCUGUGCUGCUCCUCUUCUGGCCUCGCUGGCGCAGCAAGGCCAUUCACAACUCCCCACGCGCGUGUGCACUGCGAUGGCUCAGCGCCUGGGCAAGACAUGCUGUUUGUCGUGGGCGUGGAAGCAAGCAGAUCUGGGUCGAUCUCGACCGGUGAGGCUACCAGCAUCCUUGGGCUUGCAGGAACACACCUUAGAUCUUUGUGAAGCUUUGCUUUUCCAGAAGAGCCCGCAGAUCUCAGAAGCGCUGGCCUACCUUUGUACGGAUGAGUGGGAACCGCGGGCCUUUGAGCUCCUUUGUUCAGCCGAGCAGUUGAGUCCCCUCGCCUUUCACCGGCUGCUGUCGGGCUUGAGCCAUCCAGAUGAGAGGUUGCAAACGAAAGCCAUCCAACGGCUGCACGCCUUGGAGUACUGCGACGAGACGGGAACCAUGCGUCCCAUGUUGUGGCGACUGCUGCAGGUGGCCCUGAGCACCGAGUGCCGGCCGCUGCUGGAGGCCUUAGCCGAGCUUUGGCGCUGCGCGACGCGCGCGACGCAGUGCGUCGCGGCGAUGGCCUGGCUGGCGCAGGAGCUGGUGGUGGGUAUCAGUGACCAGGUCACCAAAGCCCUGGUGCUGCAGAGCUUCGAGAAGUUGAAUGCUCCGCCAGCCUCCAAGACCCACUUCCUCUCCUUCGUGGCAGAGCUUCGAGCAUUGACCGUGUGAAACGUGUCGGAUGGGCCGAUGAGGUUUGCGGUCACGCAAGGAAAA